AAGCGGAAGUUGCUUGAGGCGGUGGUUCCGGCGGCACCGUUCCUGCCGUUAGGGGUGUACGAGCUGCGGUGGAGAGAGGCGAGACGAGGCGAGGUGGGGCUGGGCAGGCUCCGCCGCCGCCCUUCCCGGCCCCUCCGGCCUUCUCCUCGGUGAGGCAUUCCCCUCCUUGCAUCAGCCAUGCACCCCGUUUUCCAGAGCAGUCGGCGCGAAUUCAACUUCGGGCCGUGGAAGCUGAGCGCCGCUCGAACGCACAUCAUGAAGUCGGCGCAGGCCGAGAGACUGGCAGACGAGUUACACAUGCCUUCCCUACCAGAGAUGAUGUUUGGAGACAAUAUCCUAAGAAUACAGCAUGAUCAUGGUUUUGGAAUUGAAUUCAAUGCAACAGAUGCUUUAAAAUGUGUCAAUAAUUGCCAAGGUAUGAUCAAAGUGGCUUGUGCAGAGGAGUGGCAAGAGAGCAGGAGUGAGACUGAGCACACCAAGGAAGUAGUCAAGCCAUAUGAUUGGACUUACACAACAGACUACAAAGGAACACUGCUGGGAGAUACUGUAACAUUAAAGGUUGUUCCUACAACAGAACACAUAAAUACAGAGAAAUUGAAAGCCAGGGAACAAAUUAUGUUUUUUGAAGAAGUACUUCUGUUUGAAGACGAACUUCAUGACCAUGGAGUGUCAAGUCUGAGUGUAAAAAUAAGAGUUAUGCCUUCCAGCUUUUUUGUGCUGUUAAGGUUUUUCUUGCGAGUUGAUGGGGUACUUAUCAGGAUGAAUGACACAAGGCUUCAUCAUGAGGCUGACAAGGCUUACAUGUUGCGAGAAUAUACAUCCAGAGAGAGCAAAAUAUCAAGUUUAAAGCAUGUUCCUCCUUCCUUGUUCACGGAACCUAAUGAGAUCUCUCAGUACCUACCCAUAAAGGAGACAAUCUGUGAAAAACUAGAGUUCCCAGAGAAGCUGGAGCCUAAACCAGAAGCAUCACUGGAAACCACGUGUGUUAAGUCUAAAUAAAUGUGACUUUAUAUGGACUUGACGUAGACUGGAGAUAAUGUGAUCAGGUAACAAUUGCCAUGGCUGGCGGUUUCACUACUGGUGGAAUAAAAAAAUUGGCUAAUUUUUCUGUAGCCCUGAGAGAAAACAUUUCAAGCAGGUUUUGCUAAUGGUGUUUUUUGGUUUUGUUUUUGUUUUUUAAUCUGUACCUGGAAUUAAUGAUAGUGUGGCUGUGAGCUACAGGUUUCAACGGCAUUUUGAGAAACACUCUUGUGAUUUUAGAGUCUGUAUUUUGUUUAGUUUCCCAGUUAGGCAGGAGUAUUGUCUGGACCCUCCACCACAAACACUUCUAUGAAGAUUUUGCUAUUGCUGCUUCAGAUACUAAGAGACUAUUGGAGUCGUAAGAUUGGCAUGAUGUUAUUCUUACUGAGAAGUCAUCCAAAGGAAAAAAAAAAAAAGAGGAAAAAAAGAUUGUCUUCCGUGUUUUGAGCUGUCAGUCCUAAAUGACACAUUUUGCUUGGCUUUCUCUGCUGUGAGCUGAUAACCAACUGAGUUACUUUUUGUAUUCUCUGAUUCAGACUAAUUUAAGAAUAUUAAUUUCAUCUGAGGCUAUGUAUAGGGAGUAAAAAAGAAAAAAGCCUUGUUUGACACUAUUCAGAGGUAUUUGUGAGGCAUUACCUCCAGAGCAGAAUAGCUAGAAGUAAACAGAGACACAGACUGGUAAAUCUAUUUGACAAAUACCAGUUUAUUCUGAUGUCUGCUAGAUUUCUCUAAGCAGUUCUAGAGACUGUUACUUUGGGUCUGUAUGCUACUACAGUCAUGUGCUAUGUUUGAAACACAUUGUGUUGUAUUGACCUCCUGAUGGAAGUAUUUGAUGGUGCCCAAGUAUGAUGGUUUUACUGCCCUGAGAGUAAAAUUGCAGAGUGACAUAAGGCUGGGGAAGAAAGGGGUGUUAAUCUCUAGUCCUUCAAGGAUUCUGGUAUUUGCAGAUUGAGAAACAAGAUCCUAUAUAGCUUUAAAAGGAUGCUAACAGGUAUUACAGAUACAUUGGUUUAGGUUAUUUUUAAAAUUCUUAAAAUUCUGAUACUGAUAGAAGUGUGAUCACAUGUAUAGUCAUGGUUUUAACUCAACACAUUUUACAUUAAAUUUUAAAUAUUUAAAUUGCUUUUGGAAAUCUUAAAUUAUGUUAAUGGUUUGGCUUAAGAAUGGGGGAGCUAAACAGACUUGUCUAGGUUUACCCCGUGCUCGCUAUGAAGAGCAAGAAGCAAAAAAAAAUUGAAAAGCAAGGCCUUGUGACUUAAGGUGGUGGCCAAUAAGAAUGUGUACAUGUUCUGAUGUCAAAGUUUUUGUUAAAAGUCUUCAGAUUCUACACUGCAUGGCUCAAUAGAAACAACCCACCUCAAAACCUGGUAUUGAACCAGGUCUUUUGAGAAAUUGUUUUCGCUCAGAGAAGAGGACCCUGAGGUUUUUUGAAAAAAAGCCGACUGCCACCUAAGUGACUGUUUUCAUAGUAAAAACAAAUAAUACACUAAGUUUCACUUUUAUUUUAGACAGCCUGAGUUGAUCAUAAGAUUGAAAGGCAGCAACUAAGUGCAGGUUUUCCUGUGUAACUGAUUUGCUCCAACCUUUUGAAAGUCACUUCUCUGUGCCUCAGUUCCCUGUAUGUAAAAAUGAGAGUUAAUACAUGCCUACCUCACUGGGUUCUGUGAGGAUUAUUUUGUAAAAAAGUUAGUGAUUAGAAUUAUUUUUUUCCUGAAUACACCUUCAGCCUUAUCUUUGGAAUCCUUUGGAAAGAAUUACUACAAAAAAUCUUAUGAUCCAAAGGAUAAAAUUAGUGAAGAGAAAUGAAAUUAAAGUCUCUGAAAAAAAUUAUCAGUUGGACAUGAUCUGGGUGGGGGAAUUUACAGCCAGUAUGAAGUAGAGUUGAGGUCCUCCAUGAUUUCCCAUUGGAGUCCUAAAUUCUGUUGGCUUUUUUUAUCUUCCUGCACUUGAUUCUAAAGAUUUUAGUGUCAGGAUGAGUAAUGGUUUGGCUGCAAAUGGAAAGCAGCAUGGAAGUUUUCAAAAUUCAUUUGGUAAUAGAAGAUUAUUCAGGUUCACUCCAGUGAUGGAGGGGUAUGAGGAGAGAGUGACAAGGAGGAGAACAAUAAAUGGGAGUGAAGAGAUACUUUUCUGGUAGAGGGAAAUCAUCACACCUCUCUUAGUCAUGCCUUAAAGGCUUACAAGAACACACUUUAAAGCUGGUAGUGACUGAGGGGAGAGCUGAUGUAGUGCUGGCAUGAAAGAAACUUUUAUCUGCAUUUAUUAACAAAAAUUGUGAUUUAGUUUUGGUCAGUACUGCUAAUGUUGAGUUCCACUGAGCUGAAGUAUGGUGUGUGGGGGACACCCACAGAAUCAACACACAGCACUGAGAAGGGUGCUCUGCAUGUUUAGCUUUACAUGUGUUUAGACUUGUCCAUCAUGUAUAGCAAUUUGUGACCUGUUGAAACAAUUGUUCUGAAUGGACUCGAAUCCUGAUUAUAUAGAUACGUGAUAAUCCAUCUAUUUUGAGUGCUGCACAUUUAAGUGGAACACAAAUAUUGGGGAAAUCACAAGAACUUGUCAAGGAAGUUAGAGUUGCUACACAGUAAAACUUGGAGCACUUUGUGACUCUUAAACAACACAGCUUAUCAAGAAGCAGCAGUAUAAACUGUCCUACCACAAGCUCUCUGAUGCAAUUUUUCCACAGAAAAGGAGCACUUUGGAUACAAUAAUUUUAGGGGGAGGGAGCGAGGUGAUUCUCCAGCUGCUUUGUGGCAAGUUUAACAUGUGGCAGUUUAUAUUCUUGUAUGUUGCUAAAUAAAAUGUACCAAACAUUU